CAGCCGCCGUGAGUGGGGGGCGAUGGCGAAGCUCCGGGUGGCUUACGAGUACACGGAAGCCGAGGACAAGAGCAUCCGGCUCGGGUUAUUUCUCAUCAUCUCCGGCGUCGUGUCGCUCUUCAUCUUUGGCUUCUGCUGGCUCAGUCCCGCGCUGCAGGAUCUGCAAGCCACGGCGGCCAACUGCACCGUGCUGUCGGUGCAGCAGAUCGGCGAGGUGUUCGAGUGCACCUUCACCUGUGGCGCCGACUGCAGGGGCACCUCGCAGUACCCCUGCGUCCAGGUCUACGUGAACAACUCGGAGUCGAACUCCAGGGCGCUGCUGCACAGCGACGAGCACCAGCUCCUCACCAACCCCAAGUGCUCCUAUAUCCCUCCCUGUAAGAGAGAAAAUCAGAAGAACUUGGAAAGUGUCAUGAAUUGGCAACAGUACUGGAAAGAUGAGAUUGGUUCCCAGCCAUUUACUUGCUAUUUUAAUCAAUAUCAAAGACCAGACGAUGUCCUCCUACAUCGCACGCAUGAUGAGAUCGUCCUCCUGCACUGCUUCCUCUGGCCCCUGGUGACAUUCGUAGUGGGUGUUCUCAUUGUGGUCCUAACCAUCUGUGCCAAGAGCCUGGCAGUCAAGGCAGAAGCCAUGAAGAAGCGCAAGUUCUCAUAAAGGAGAGUAGGCUGGUGGGAAGCAAAGCACAGACGCCGCACACGUGGGAACAUGCCCACCUACAGAGCCCGUGGGUCCUGGCACCGGAGAUGGAAGGGGCCACGCCAGGUCUCCGAGAGGCUCCUCCCUCCAUGGCAGCAGACACAGGCACAACCGGAAGAUUUGGAACCUCAUAGUUUGUAGUCCAUGUGACGUCACCGUGGCUAAAGGAUCAAGACAUUAGCCACACGGAAUAACUGUUACAGAAAAUCCUACAAGUUGAUUUUUUUUUGGAAAGUUAACAGUAUAUUAUUUGUAUAGUGUAGUAUACAAACCAUUAUGAUUUCUGCUACUUAAAUUAUUAAAAUAGA